GGGUCAAACAGCUAAUAUCAAUAAGAAUAUGCUGAUCGUGUUUUCUGCUGUUGGUGCCAUGGUAGCCAUUUCUGUCAUAUGCUCAGUGAUCGGUGUAUUCGUUAGAAAGUUCUGCUCACGAUCUUGCCCUGCAUCAAUACAUUGUAACACGAAUAAUGGUAACUGCGACCUACCCCCGUCGUACAAUGAUUGUGUAGAUAGUGGAAUAAUAGUAGAAAGUGGCCAUGGACAUGACGACGAUCUGAAUACGUGUUCAGAGAGCGUGGAAGAACCUCCUCCUACGUAUGAUAGUGUAACAAAACAAACGUCAACAACGAUAAUUCAUGGCUUGCACAAUAUUAUGAACGAAAUGCAACCAGCUGCGGGGAGUUAACUUCCCCCUCAAACUACAUGAUGUA